CAGGAAUUUUCGUUACGCGGCCACUGACCGAAAAUGUGCAAAAAUGUAGUACAAAUUCUAUCAAAACAAUGGAUUGCGAAGCCCCUCAAAAACGCGAAUUGAAAAGAGAAAAGGAACAUGAAAAACUGUUGUCACAUACAGACCCUGUGAAAGGUGUUCACUAUGGUAACCUAGAUGGUGCUUCAGCAGUAGCACAAAGUGGCAGUGUAUCAUCGCUUGGAACCAAAUCUCUAUCACAGGAAACCAGCAAAGAAAAAUACUUGAAGAGUCUUGCAGAAGAGGAAGCGCCACAAUCAUCAUGUAAGAAGAAAGUCUUAAAAGUGGUUGUUACGUUUCUGUUCAUAGUAAUCGUUGUUGGUAUUGUCAUUAUUUGGUCAUUCCACGAAGGUCGCUCAAGGAAAAACAUUGGAAAUCAUUAUUUCGACUUUGUAUCUAAACAGAGGGUUCUUAACGUAUACAAUGUUAAAGACGAUAUUGUUCUUUCGGGUUUUAUGAAAACCAGUCAGUUGGAUAUUGGAAAAGUGCAUAAAUGUGAUGAAUAUCAGACAGACGAUGUGUUUUGUUUUCGAUUUGGGGAUGAAACAGUUUUCAGGUUUUUUCCGUAUACUUUGAAAAAUGCUCAAGUACAUUGUAACGAUAUUGUUUGGACAAACAUGAAAAGCAAUUUACACAUACCAGUGGACUGUUACGAUAUUGAAUUUGGACUCUGGUAUGGAUUGCCAAAUUUUAACGGUUCUUUUUGGCCAGUGAAAGGAAAUAAAGUGUCUAUUGAUAAACUCACAUAUCAGCCAUAUGGGAAAUCUGUUCUGGGGCAGGUUCUGGAGAACUAUUGGUUAAAUGCUGAAGGGAGCGCAAUAAUUGUCCAUCAGCCCUACCCAAUAAAAUUUAGUUUUAAUGCACAAAAUGAUAAGAAACUGUGUUUUUCCUUAGACUAUGAGAAUUUAAAGCAGACGGCAAUUCCAACUAUUAAUUAUACCAUCUGCCAAGGACCAGAUAUUAAAACAACUUUUCUUGCGACGAGAAAUCAUUUUUUUCCACUGUCAGAAGUAGUUAAAAUUGCAGAGCAUGAUUUCUCGAAAAUUUUAUGGAAAUUUGAAAACAGGUACAAAAACAAUCAUCAAAAUUUUGGAGAAUUUCUGCACAAGCUAAAUACACUUGGUUUGCCAAUUAACAUGAUAGAAUACGACACUGAUUGGCAGGAAAAUGUUGGUGAUUUUAAAUUUACAGAGAAAGUGGCAAAUGAGUUGUCACUGUACUUGAAUAUGAACAAAGGAAAAUACUCGAAUACAAAACUCAUGCUGCCACUUACUUUAGCAUGCUCCUAUAAAGCAGAAGAAAAUUUUAAAAUGGGAGCAGAUAAGGAUCUUUUUGUGAAGGACAUUUACACACAUGGUUUUAAAAUGAUUUCAUACAAAGAACAGAGCUGUGCAUUAUGGGAUGCAACUUAUGUAGAAACUAAAGAUUUUUUGAAAGAAAAAUUGGAUUCCCUUCAACAAAAGGGCACCGUAGAGGAAACAUUAUACCCACAAGCAUUUGAAGUGAAAACAACCAUAGCAAAUGCCGCUAUUCACCAUACUCUGUUCAGGAACACAUCGGAUAUAAAUGCCAUGAACUCGGAAUUUGCAGCUAUACUGCUCAGUGCAAAUAAAUCUGUUCUUAUAGAAACAGCUUAUCAUAUGCAAAACAUGACAAUUUUUGUAGAAAUUCCAACUCUUGUAGCAAAUAAGAGUGGGAAAAAAUGUUUGGAUUACAUUGUGUCUGGGGCUCUCACAGCUGGUAUCCAUGGUUAUCCUUAUGUUAUAACUUUAGCUCCUCCUGAGGAUAUGAUUGACACAGAAUUAUUAAUUCGGUGGAUAGAAGUUGCAGUAUAUUUUCCAGGAUUGCAAGUGACAAAUGCAGUGUUGAAUUUUGGUGAUCGACCAAUAAGUUUAUUGAAGAAUAUGAGUUUGCUUAGAGAGUCUGUAGUGAUUCCAGCAUACUCUGACAUAGUUUCAGAAACUAAGGAAGGAAUUCCUCUAUUGCGUCCAUUAUGGUGGGUUGAUCCACUCGAUUUCAAAACACUUCGUAUUUCAGAUCAGUUUUUAAUUGGGGAAACAAUUAUGGUGGCACCUGUUUUGUGCCUCGGCGACAGGAAACGAGAUAUUUAUUUACCAACGGGUCAAUGGAUACAUUCCAAGACGGGAAAGACUUAUGCAGGGAAGCAGUGGCUGAAAGACUUUAUUGUUCAGCUUGAAGAUAUUGCUGUUUUUUAUUUACACCAAGACACUACUCAAAAUUCAACUGUAUCUUCUAUAACUCCAUGAAAACCGUAGAAUAUAAAUUAUUUCUACCAUGCUAAGGGAAAUGUCCCAACGGUUUUAUGCCAUGUUCAAAGUUGAGAGGGUAUAUUGUUUUACACAUGUUGGUUUGUAGUGCUAGUCUAUCAUACAUCGCUGUUCUGUCAUUUAUUGCCAGUUGUCAGAAGAUGACUCCUCCUCUUUGUGGGGUUUGGAGGUGGGGGUCACGUUUUUUGGUUGAAAGUCACGGUUGCAGCAUACUAAAUAUUGACAAUUAGACGAUAACACCUGACUGGUUAUCCUGGUUGGCAUAUUUUUUUACAAACAGCUAAUUUCAUUAGAAGUAGCUUACACUUGACUGUAAAGCACUUUAAAUUUUUGUGAACUUUUUAUUUCAUGAAUUUGUUUUGAUUUGCCCUACUUUAUUAAAUUUUAUUCACAAAAAGAUGAAUUCAGGUCACUGUAAAAAUUGAUUCUUGAAACCAGAAUUACAGUAGGAUGUACUGCAGAUUUGGCAAUUUUCAUGCAGGCAGCGAUUUCUUGGUUAUUAGCCUUACUUGUAGUGGUGUCAAGAAUUAGCAAGUACCAGCAUUUGUAUUAAAGCUAAUCACCCACAGUUUAAGUGAAAUGUUCAUUUCCACUAAGUUUGGCAUAGAAUGUAUAUAUGACACUGAAAAAUGAUAAAGUGAGUGAAAAUACAAUUUAGAUAUUGUUAAAAAUGCAAGAAGAAUGUAAAUUUUCUGCAUCAUUUCAAAAGCAUUGCAACAGUUGACUACCUUCUGCACAAUAUUUUGCAAAAAUCGCAUGUCAAUAAGUUCAUACCACUAGUCACUUUCAGAGUACCCACUUUUUAUAGAUUUUUGGAGAAAAUAUUUUUCACCUAAAAUGUGUGAUUUAGUCCCUUUAACCCUUAUCAUGCUGGACACGAUUGAUUCUGCCUUUGUAACCAGUGCAGAUCAUGAUCAGCCUGCACAUCUGUGCAGACAGAUCAUGACCUGCACUGUUCGCCAUUCAUUCAGUAAUGUUGUGGUAUGCACCAGUUUUAACAGUUAAUAGUACUGUCCAAACUGAAGGAUGGACAAGUUCAUUAUAGAAAAUUAGCAGGGUGAUGAUGCAGAUUUAAUACUCACAAAUAGUCAGAAUUUGCCAGUGGCAUUAUUUACGGAUAUCAUCCAAGAAUCACUAGCAAAAACUAGCAUUUAAUUCCUCAUUAUAAGCUAAAAUAAAACCUGCAUGAAUAUUUCACAGUCUGUAGUGAUGAGGAAACUUGUCAGUUUGUUCCAAAAUUUGCCAGUUAUUGUUCAGUAAAAAUUUUAAUUAAUGAUGGACCUAGUUUGCAGAUAUUAGCGUAAAAUAAAGUUCUCAUAGAUAGUAAGUGUUUUACAGUAUAUUGUUAUUGUCAUGCAUCAUUUUUUUUAUAAUACCAGAUUGUUAAACUGUGUCCAUUAUCUCUGAUCAAGAGACAAUUGGAUUAACUAGUAUUUUUGCAAAAAUCUUUAUAAAACAAUGUUGUUUAUUUGUUAAAUGCUGUUUGUGUUUGUGCAGACG